UUAUGUUCAGACCACAUACUGUCCACCGAGGUUGCACCCAGCAGCAAUGGGAGGCCUAUUGGGCCCCACAAGUCCUGGAAGAAGGUGAACGAGGAGCGGAAAGCGUUGAAGCGGCAGCGCAAGCAGGACAAGCUGCUCAAGGAGCUGCAGCAAGCCAAAGAGGCAGAAUCACAGGCGGGAAAGGCAGCCAAUGAGGUGCAGGCUAAGGAUAAGCCUAAUCCGUCCACGCUGAGCAUAGCUGUUCCCGGUUCAAUUCUCGAGAAUGCCCAAUCCAACGAGCUGCGGGCCUACGUGGCCGGUCAAAUAGCCCGGGCCGCCUGCAUCUUUCGGGUGAACGAGGUAAUCGUCUUCGACGACGUGGGUAUAGCCACCGCCCGGGAAACAAAGCGUAGUUACGAGGCAGAUGGGGAAGGCAGCAGCACUGGCACUGUGCGCAGCAGCUCAUUACAACUGGCACGCAUAUUGCAGUAUCUGGAAUGCCCGCAGUAUCUCCGAAAAUACUUCUUCCCGCUGCACAAAGACCUUAAGUACUCUGGCUUGCUGAAUCCAUUGGACACACCGCACCAUCUCCGUCAACAGAGCAAAUUCAGGUAUCGUGAGGGCGUCAUUUGCGACAAGAAGGCCAAGGAGGGACACAGCUACGCCAACGUGGGGCUGCUUAACGACGUUUUGGUUGACAAGGCAAUAGAACCAGGCGUCAGAGUAACUGUAAAAAUGGAACCUCAAAGUGAGAGCUGUAGAAAGCAGCGGGGAACACUAGUUAGCCCGGAUGAACCACGUCGGGAAACAGGUGUUUAUUGGGGCUACCAGGUGCGCAUCGCACACUCCAUGUCUGAGAUUUUUACCAAAUCACCCUACGCAACCGGCUACGAUGUUACGGUGGGUACCUCGGAUCGCGGAACCAACGUACAUGAGGUGCCCAACCGAUCAUAUAACUUUAAUCACAUGCUCAUUGUAUUUGGCGGACUGCAAGGCUUGGAAUCUGCCUUGGCCAACGACGAGAAACUGACCGUAGAUGAUCCUGAGCUGCUGUUCGACCACUAUGUAAAUGUUUUACCACGCCAAGGAUCUCGAACCAUUCGCACCGAGGAAGCGCUGUUGAUUGCUUUAGCGGCUCUCCAGGAGAAACUGCAACCGCAAGUGGCUGAUGUGGAGAUCGAUUUGACUGAUCUGCUACCUAAAAGUGAGGAUUCAGGCAUUGCAGUACGGCGAGAUGUUUUAGUUAGCAAAAAGCAAAAGAAAAGGAAGCAAGUAGAGGAUACUCCUGAUGAAACAGUCGUUGAUGAACCUUCAUUUUCAAAACCAUUGCCGAAAGUGGCUCGACUGACGGCCAAUCCUUUUGCCGAUUCCUCCGAGGAAUUAGCGAAAAACACCCCAGCACAAGACGAUUUUGAAGUGGUUUCAUCCACCACCGUUUCUGGAACAAGCCACUCGUGUGCAGAUGACGACUUAAGUCGGUUCGAUUAAUGGGAAUAGUUGGAAUUUUAUUUUUGUAAAUAUACAGAUCCGUAUGUGUUGCUUAAAGUUUCGCUUUUGAUUUUCUUGUUAUUCCACUAAGCGUGUAUACUAUUUUGUUUUUUGUUGACGCGAGCUAUAACGAGCUAUAUUCCUAUAUAGACAUAUACUUUUGUUCGAAAUGUUCUAAUAACUUUAUCCUUACACACUAAAUUAAUACGAUUUUAAAUUUCAAACUCGAAUGUCCAAGCAAGAAUUAAGAUUUUGAUCUCCUAACAUUUUUCGCAUUAUCACUUACAUACAUAUACAUUACAAUUGUCUAUCGACUCAUUCGUAACUUAAACAUAAUAACCUAGUUGUCCCUAUAGGAUGGACUGUCUGUACCUCUGUUAUUUACACACUGAAAGUAUAUGUAUGUCGUAAGGAGGCUUCACAACUGAAUCUCUAAAUGUAAUAUGUAGCUACAUUGUCGCUGGUCAUGAUUAGCUAUGGAAUCGAGUCUUGAAAUCGCGGCUCUGGCAGAAAGUCCUCCUCCAACUCGAUGCGCGUAUCGCUGUGAUAUCCUAGCAAAGAUUCCGUGUCCUCUUCCAUAUGUCGAAUCGGAAAUGUUUUGCCAUCGCCAAAGCUAAAGGAUAUGUGGUGAAUUAUAUCAUCAGUGGGAAAUUGAUAAGUAAUGAGUGCGUUAUUGUGUAUGUAAUGGAUUGAUUGAAGAUUCGGUGCUGUGCAGAUGAAGCAAAGCUGUCAUGUUUAUUUAUUUGGCAAACUAAAAACAAACCUUUAUAAGUUUUAAAUACUUUAAAAUCCAUUUAAUUUCGUCACUUGCAGAAGUUCAAUAAUAUAUGUAUUUGGGCAUUAAGGUGUACAAAGUAAGAAAAAGUAUAAAAACUUGCAAACAGUUACUAACUACAUAAAUUAAAACCAUAUGGAAAUUACUGAAUUCCGUGUGUGUUAAUAGUGUGUACUGAAAUCUCAUUGCUUAUCAUUAGGUUUAAGUCUUGAAGAUCUUUCGAUAUCUACAAGGAUAGUUGGUUUCAUGAAUGCAUUAGCAAGGUACAAAUCUUCGGAGGAUAACACCAUCUCAUCUACUAGGAAAUUCCACAUUCGAUUCUUCUAAUUUCCAUUAAAAAAUUCGAUAAAUGCGUGUGUGAAACCAAUGACAUAUUGCCUAAUGUUAACUUAGUCGAUUAUACAUAUGUGGUGAUUUAUAUUAUGGUCCCAGCCAUUUAAACAUUUAAAUAGCCUACACUAAACAGCUGAUGAAUUGCAUAGAGGUAACUUAUUUGCUUACUAAGAACCGCAACGCUGACAAAUCUGGCAGUUUACUUGGCUCUAUGGUACAAAAACAUACACAUAAUACAUUCUACGUUAUUAUUUAAACUGGCAGAUCGCCAUUCGGCGGGCGUGGGAAGCCUUUGGCAGGAUCAGCGCUUGUCAACGGAUGAUCUCCAAUCAUUUCGAUGUAUACGGCUGCCCCAUUGACUCCACGCUCGUCCGGGCUAGACAUGGCUGCUGGCGUGCUGCAGUCUAAUGAUUGGCCGUUUGCCAGCUUUUGCUGCCGCUCGUUGAGCUCGUCCCGGCAUGUAGAUGGCGGCUGGAUCUGCAACAGCUGGGUUGGCAGGACGCUGGUGCUUCUUACUUGAUGAGGCGAUUGGUUGUGAUGAUGGUUAGUGGUGUCGAGGGGACUAGCGCCAAUCAACUUAUCUGUUGGAUUGCCAUCUAACCUGCUGGUGGUCGUAUCUCCCAUGGCAUCGUACCGCUGGGUGGGAGAGCUGGUGGACACUCGACUCUGGUCGCUGGAGGUCGGAUAGCUGUAGCCAUCACCGCGACUAGUUCCGUGAUUAUGAAUAAGCAGAAGGUUGGGGUAUUGCGUUAAACAGAGAGUUGUAAACAUAAAUAUUGUUUUUGUUUUUUUACAGUUUAGCUUAUUGUAGUUGUAGCUGUUGUUGUUUGAGGUUUUUUUGUUAUAUAAUUUUGCACAGAUGUGUGAAUACGAAUGUAAAAAUUUAAUCGACUUUUCAUGUGUGGCAAGUGUUUUGGUUUUAAAGAAACUUAAUGAGCAUUUAAAAUUCAGAAAGUUCCGUCAGAAUUUCAAACUUGGACACUUUAAGUUAGUCACUUUACGGGGCGGACAAUUGGUUACUAAGCUUGUUUUGGUUAGAUCUAAGUGUCUAUUUCUAAAAAUCGCUGGCAAAAUUUGUCUCUUUUUAUUUACAAAAAUAAAUAACGAACACAAUUG